AUGUCCUCUGGAAGUGAACAGGACUCUAGCAGCUAUUCCUCAGGAUCAGAGUCAGAGAGCAGUUCAGGGUCAGAUAAUGAGUUAGGUGUUCUUCAGAGACCGGUUUUUGUGAAAAAGACGAAAAAGGCAUCGCAGGGGUCUGAUUCUGCUACCUCUGUGAAAACAGACACGGUUCUAGCAAAAGCAGAGUUUCAACAGAAUCUCGAGCUGAAGGAGGUAAAAACGUUAGAUUUCGAUGGCGUGGACGACACAGACGACAUUGAUCCGCAGGCAGAGUUUGAGGCCUGGAAGGAGAGAGAGAGGCUACGAAAGGAAAGAGAUAUGAGGAGGGCAGAGGAGAAGAGAAAUGAAAAAGAUGGCAUAUAUUUGGAUGAGGCAUCCAUUGGAAGCAAAGGUGGGGUGUUUUACAGAGACGUGGAUGAGAACCUUUUAAAAAGAGAGUCUGCUGAAGUCGAGGACUCUGGUGAUCACUCCCGACCCACAAGGUUCAAGCCAGGCAAAGUCUGA